GAAAAACAAAAACUUCACAGAGUCACCCAAAACUGAUCUCUAUAUCAUCUUCAACAUGCCUCAAAUUGUUAGUCUUAUUAUGUAAGAGGAUUUCUCUUCUCUUUUCUCACAAUAAUCAGACAUAGUGAAGAACGCUUUUUUGGAUGGUUCAUAGAUUCGGUUUUUUCUGGAAGAAGUUGGAGUUAUUUGUUUAUUGGAAGGAAUUUGAUAUACGAAAUUAGAAGCAAGGAUCGGUUUGGAGUUAAAGAGGAGUUGUUGAGGAACCAGUCAAGAUCUGAUUAUAAAUCUUUUAGGUCUUUUUUGUGGACUUGAUUCUGUAGAAAUCUCAAAGUCAAAGACAUGCCAAUAACUAGAUCUCAAGAGCGAGGAGUUAGUCCCCAUGUUUGGCAAUCUAGUGAUGCAGGUAUUCCUCUCAAGAAAAGGAAGUUUAUGUUUGUCAGGCAGCCAUCACCAGAGCCUGAAUUAAAGUCUUCGCCUAGAUUGGAAUCUCGUGAGGAAGAACAGAGUGUUGGAAAUACUUCAGAUGCAAGUUGUCCCACAGAAUUUAGUGGGCUUCAUAGUUGUGUUAGUACUGAGAAAUCUGUACCCGAGGAAUCUAUACCGGGGAAAGAAGAAGAGGGUUCUGCUGGCGGAAAUGUUAGCUUGGCUCUGAAUGCAAGUGGUCUGACAGAAGUUAAUGGGUUUCAUGGUUGUAGUAGUAUCGAGGAAUCUAUAUCGGGGAAAGGAGAAGAGGGCUCUGCUGGCACAAAUGUUAGCUUGGCUCUGACAGCAAGUGGCCCAACAGAAUUUAAUGGGUUUCAUGGUUGUAGUAGUAUUGAAGAAUCUAUACCAGGGAACAUAGAAGAGGGCGGAAAUGUUAGCUUGGCUCUGACUGCAAGUAGUCCGACAGAAUUUAGUGGUUUUCAUGGUUCUAGUAAUAGUGCGCUGACUGUUUCAGCAGGUAUUGGUUCUGAACUGAGUUUGCAAUUGGCACCUUCCAUAAAUCCUGUACCAGAAACAGGGAAAGAAGAAGUGAUUAGAAAAGCCGAUUGUAGCAUGGGUGUCGAAACUGAUAAUUCUACAAACUCAAUAAAGACUGAAUUGCUAUUUGUUUCCAAAGUGUCAGCAGAUAUGGCUUCAGCUGGUGAACAGACUCAAAGGGUAUGCAAGGAUCAGGAUAAAUUAGAUCCCAAUAAAUGGAACUUGGGGUUGCCCAACGGUCAAAAAUUCAGUAGUAGUAGUGAUUUGAAGUUGGGCUUAAACAGUGCUCAUGAUGCAAAUAGGACACACUGGGAUUUGAACACUACGAUGGAGACAUGGGAGGGAUCUCUGAAAGGUGCAGCUUCUGUUGGUAGGAACGGUUGUAUUAAUGCAGUAGAUGACGUAAGCACACGUGAUAUGAAGCCUGUGAUAGGCUCAUCUCAGAUGGUUAUUAGUAAAGCAGAGGGCAGUAAUGUUGAUUUAGGAAAGAAGAUUUUUAACAAGAGUAAGCAACAGUGUGGACCGGAUGAUCUCCUUCGUUUAGGGGUACAUCCUUCGGUUCCUCAGUCAGGUUUGAGUCUAGGACUCCCGUAUCUCCCGAAACAAGUAGAUUCAAGUAGAGUGUCAUCUAAUUUGAAGUUAUCUGAACGGCUGGUGCCACCACCUAAAGCCAAUAGAAUUGUCAAAUCUGAACCAUCUGAUGAGGGUAGUAGACUUGAACCUGUAGUAAAACCGAUACCUCCAAAAACAGUUCCAUUGCAGGGGCGUACUGCUGAAACACCUAAAGCCGCAAAAUUUUUACCAAAUUAUGUAAACCUUAGAACACUCAAAUCCGAACCAGGUCAGGGUGUUUGCGUUGAAAACCCCAAGAGAGUAGAAAUUCGUCCUCUUAACUCUUUGGUGCCCACUCCUUCUGUUGCUGUUGCUUCUGACACAAGAACACCUGUAGAGGAAGGAAUUUCACAUGCCUUACAGUUUCCUGUUGCGGGGUUGUCAAAUCUGAACCAACAAGGAGGUCGUAAAGUUGAACCUGUAGCAAAACUGAUACCUACAAAAAUAGUACAAUCACAGGGGUGUACUGCAGAAACUCACAUGCCCACAAAAAUUGUACAGACUUCUGUAAACCUAAGAGCAGUCAAAUCCGAACCAGGUCAGGUUGUUUGCGCUGAAAACCCAAAGGGAGUAGAAAAAUUGUGUAUGCAAUCAGAGAUUUGUCCUCUUAACUCUGUGGUGCACACUCCUCCUGUUGCUGUUGCUUCUGACCCAGGAACAGCUAUAACUGAAGGAAUUUCACCUGCUUUACAGCUUCCUAUUGCAGGGGUGUCUAAUUCUAAUACCAAAGAGGCAGCAGACCGUGCUCUACUACCCGCCAAGAAAGAAAUGUUAUUGUGUGGGGGUGUAGAGCAGGGAGCAACUAACAAUGUUCCUGCUGCUGUAGGAUCGCUCUCCCAAAUAGCGAGUCCUGAUGGAAAAGAAUCAAAAUCAGCUGAUGAUUCUAUUGGUCUGCCGGAAAAAGAAUGUCCGGAUGUUGCUAAUCCAGAUGAUACAGAAUCAAAUUUGAUGGAUGGGCAUCAUUCCAAACCUCUUGAAAAUAGAGAGGCAUCUGCAAGUGAUAAGAAGGUUGACAUUCCUGCUGAGGAGGAGUAUCCGUCUGGAAAUGAUUGCACAUCGGAUGGUAAUCAAGAUACUAAUGCACAUGGCGUGGAAAAUAAUGACUGUGAAAAUGGAGAGGCUCAAAAAACUUUGGAGCAUAGUGCAAUUGAAGAAGGUAUUGGGAUACGUCAAGUACUUGACGGUGCCAGAAAUUUGCUUGAUGAUAACCGGGAAUCUGCGUCAGAUGUUGACAUGGACAUUUCUGAAUCUGAUGAUUGUGCAGAAAAAUCUGAGAGCAUAUUGCUAGACCGAAAGGAGGAACAGUGCCACAGUGGUGUGGCGUUUUUUAAUGUACCUCUGCCAGUUGAAUCAUCAAUUGCCAGAAAUCAGGAGGAGGAAUUCAUUAAGUAUGUUAGACAACUGGAUCAGGCAGAGCGAGAACUUCAAAGAGGUAAUAUAAUGACAUUGGCUUCUGAUGUAGUAACAAACACAUACACAGGAUUUACCUCAAGUUAUGGUAUGGAUAUGGCAGUUGCUUUACAAGAGAAUUUCAAUAAAAAAGUAAGUUAUUUGGGUGCAGGUUCUUCGGUUUUCUCAAAGACAGAAUCACAUGUGAAUAAUGAAGAAAUAGCUAAAGAUGUUAAUGUUGGAGGGAAUAAAAGCAGGAUUAUAAAUUUGCCUCGGGCAUCAUCUAAUGUGUCACAAUCAGGUGAAUCUGGAAAGAUUCCCAUCGAAGGCAUGGUUUUGUCAACGCGGAAUCAUGGGGAAGGAUCUAACAAUGCAGAAUUUGAGGGUGAAAAAUUCCGUGGACGGGGAAGCAGAGAAGGUAGGUACAUGGAUCCCAGAUUCGAAAGAAAGAGGAAUCGAGAUCAUCAGCCAUUUCGUAGCAGUGGAUCUGAAUUUAGGCAUAGCAGAGGAAGGGUUGAUAACCGAGUACGAAAUGUGCGUAGUGAAUGGGAUCCUGAGUUUUCUACAGAACAUGGUCAUGGGCAUUCUAAUUUUCGCUUUACUAGGUCCAAAGAUAAUAUUUCUGCUAAAUAUGAGGGCAGUGAUUUUGUUCCACGAGGUGGGAGGACUGUUGGUACUGGUAGGGGAAGGGGAAGGAGGAAAUCCUUAGAUAAUGAGUUGCAAAGUUACCGCCAUCCACCUUCUAGGAGGCGAUCUCCUGGUGAGAGAGAGGGGCCUGUGUCACGCGGUGUGCGAAUUCGAAGGGGUCCAAGAGAUAUUAGCCCAGAUAGAUGUAUUCCUGAAGAUGAUCCUGAUUUGAUUGGAUUGCGACAUGAAGAGAAGUUCAUAAGGGUUUUGCCAGGCGAGGUAAUCAAUAAAAAAUUUUCACGUUCUCAACCUCAAUAUGAGAGAUUACAAGAUUCUUUUCUCCAUGGAAACCAAAGUUUUUUACCCAUGCAGAGGCGGAUACCUCAACAUAUGCCUCAAAUUCACUCAAAAUCUCCUCCAAGAUCCAGAACACGCUCUCCUGGCCCUUGGUUGUCACCUAGAAGAAGGUCGCCUGAUGAGUUUGUUGGACAUCCAGAUCUGAAUAAUUGCCGCUCGCCUCGGCUUUACAGGAUAGAAAGGAUGACAUCUCCUCAACGGCAUCCAUGUUAUGCUGAAGGAAUGGUGGUUAGAAGGAAUGGUUCUCCUCCACAAUACGUUACCCGACCAUGUAAUGACUCGAGAGAGAUGGGUUCAUCAAGAGAUCUUGAUCAUCCACGGUCAUAUAUGCGCAGUAGGAGUCCUGCUGGACAGAUUGUCCCUAGGAAUGCCAGAAGGUUUGUUGUAGACCCACGAGAAAGGCCGGAAACUGAUGAAUUAUUUGCUGAAGCAAUUCACUCCAGUAGAUUUCAUGAUUUAUUAGUAAGUAAUGGAGGUGAGGAUGAUAGAAGAAAUGGCAUUGAGAGACCUGGUCCUGUUAGGUCAUUUCAUCCUCCUUACAAUGAUAAUUCUGAUGUAGCAAACUUCCAUCAUCAUGACGAAGAUGGCCCUCCUAGUAGGCCUUACAGAUUCAUAGCAGAAGUUGAUGGUGAAAUUCAUGAGAGAGGAAAUACAAGGGGAAGAAGAUUUGAAAGAGGAAGUGUAAGAGGAAGAGGGUUUGAAAGACAGAUUAAAAACCAACCAGAUAAGGCUCCACCCAGGACAAGGAGCGCUGAAGAGCAAGAAGAAAGUUACUGGCAAAGUGAGCAGCAAAAUUGGCACGAGAUGUCUCCCUUUUGAGGAGGAGAGGACUUGUUUCUGUUGUAAAUUAUGUUGUUCAGCACAGGGGCAAUGUUCCUUACCCAGAAAGGUCAGUUACAGUUUGCCAACCAAAUGAAUACUGAUCCUUGCUGAUAUCUGACGCCACAUUCCUUUUCAUGGGCUUGUUAAAGAAACAGACCUUACAAAUUUUACCGAUCAGAAAUAGAAUCUGCUUUUGAGGAACUUAGAUUUAUCACUAGCAGUUUUUCUCAACUUGGCAGUUACAAGGUUUAAUUGAUGUUUAUCAGGAAAAAAAACCAAGUUAUAAAAGUUCCGAUCACAGGGUUUUAAUUUUGUAUUCAUCGCAUUUAUGGUUUCGAAUCUGGAUGGGGGUCCAUUUGCUAUUUGUUUUGUGAUUUGCAUAGAUGUCUUUCUAUAGCCUAGAUGAAGAUAAAGGUAAAUGGAUUAUGUUGCCGAGGAAGGAUCAUAUUUUGCAGAGUGAGAAAUAAACCAAGAGAUGGCAGUAUCUCACCACUCAGCAAAUACAAGUCCUGCCCGGAGUUGAUCUUCGUGGAAACCCCAGCAAUGUAUACUUCGUCUUGACAACUUCACUCGGCCUUAGCAGUUUGUGGGCAAGAUCUUUGCUAGGACCACAAGAAGGGCUCAUCAUUCCAGUUCAAUCCCCUUAAUCAUUUGGUUUGUGAACAGUCUGCAAAACAAGGGUUGCCGAGGAGGAGUUGGCAUUCCUAUUGCCAUCUGUAGGAAUUUUCGCAAAUAUUGUUACUUACAGAGAUAAAGAAACCGAGCUUAAUGAUGGAUACUUCAUAUUAUCAUAUGAUUCCCUUCUCUCUGCAGAAAGGAAUGUUAUAGUUGCUGGUCUCCCAGAUUCAGGUGCUCAGGUAAAUGGCGUACUAGUUUACAUGGUAUUGACAUCUUAAACACAAAUAUUUCGUUAGAGAGGCAAUAUUAUUCAGUCUCGAUCCUAUUGCCAUUUGCCAUACUUCAACAAGUAAAAAUGUACUAUAACCAAACUGUGGAGGAUAGAGGUGUCUUCAUUCUUGAAUAGGGAAAUUCUUCCAGUGAAGGAAAUAGCUGAUUGAAAGAAUGACUGUCAGUAUUGGGGCAACAACAGUUAGAUUGGUUCUGUUUUCUUACUUGCGUAUUCACGCAUCGCUGCGUCUUCUUUACAUUUGAAAUGAGUUUCAGGACAUGAUCAAAGGAGAGAAGAAGAUCGUUUGAGAUUGGGGGAAACCCCUCUAAACUUUCAGCUGGAUUUUAGUGAAAACUAAAGAUGGAAUGUUGCAUUGGAGCAAGCAAGAGGAUUCAAUAUUUUGAAUAAAGUAGAGAUGAACAUUUCUCAGUAAUCAGUAUUACGAGGGGAUAAAGGAAAGCCACUUUAGGCUUUCAUCUGGAUUUUCAGUAUUAGUGAUUUUGGGAAGAAGAAGUUCAGAAUUUAAUCUAAAGCAUUCCUUAAUGUGUAGAAAAAUGUGCAUGAUUUGUCAAUAUGCUGAAGAUACACUCAGUUGCGUUGAUUGGUUGCAGAAAAAUGUCUCGAGUUCCCUUCAAACAACAGAUGGCUUAAACGUCUGCCUCAUUGAUUUGAGGAUGUAAUUUAAACAGCCAGAGCUGCCUUCAGUUAAACUUCACCUUUCGUAGCCGUUGGAUCUCCAUGAUCUAAAUAAAUUUCGAAAAAUAUUCCCUUGUGAACAAUUCGCGGAAGCCAUCGGAUAUCUUUUAUAUAUAUAUCUCAACCGUUAAACUGAAAAUGUCUUCCGUUAGAUAUGCCAGUUAUUAUAAGGGAGUAUUUGAAAUAAUAAAGAUGUAUAAGGACCUGAAAAUUAAAACUGAUUUCUUCAUCGUC